CCUCCCCCGGCAUCUCUCACUCUCCGGCUCUCCUCCCUCCCUCCUCCCCCCUCCACCCUCUGGGCCGGAUCUCGUCUCGCUCAGGCGGAGGAGGAGAAGGAGGAGGAGGAGGACGACGUUCGGCCUGCGCAGUGAGAUGUUUGUCCGUCGCCGCCGCCGCCGCCAUCGCGGAGGAGCGCGAUAAAGGGAGCCGAGCCGGGCGUGAGGGGGACCUCGCGGAGCCGCCGCGCCAGCGCAGCCCCCCAGCCGCGUCGGAGUAGCCGGAGCCCGAGCCGCCGCCGCCGCCGCCCCCGCCGCCGUCGCGGCUGCCCAGGGGCCGGCCAGCUCCCCAGCUCUGCCCGGGAGCCGCGCCGCCGCCGCCCCCAGCGUCGCCCCUAGCCUGCCUGCCCGCCUUAAAUGUGACACCGGCGUCGCGGAGCGCGACCUGAAGCCGCCGCCGGGGAGGGGACGAGCACCAUGUCGAAUCUGAGCAAAGGCACGGGCAGCCGGAAGGACACCAAGAUGCGGAUCCGGGCCUUUCCGAUGACCAUGGAUGAAAAAUAUGUAAACAGCAUUUGGGACCUUCUGAAAAAUGCAAUUCAAGAAAUCCAGCGUAAGAAUAACAGUGGUCUUAGUUUUGAGGAGCUCUAUAGAAAUGCAUAUACAAUGGUUUUGCAUAAACAUGGAGAAAAGCUCUACACUGGACUAAGAGAAGUUGUUACCGAACAUCUCAUAAAUAAGGUGCGAGAAGAUGUACUAAAUUCAUUGAAUAACAACUUUCUUCAAACGCUAAAUCAAGCUUGGAAUGAUCAUCAAACAGCUAUGGUGAUGAUUAGAGACAUACUAAUGUACAUGGACCGUGUGUAUGUACAACAAAAUAAUGUGGAGAAUGUCUACAAUUUGGGAUUAAUUAUUUUUCGAGAUCAAGUUGUACGUUAUGGGUGUAUUAGGGAUCAUCUACGGCAAACUCUAUUGGAUAUGAUUGCAAGAGAGCGGAAAGGAGAAGUUGUAGACAGAGGCGCAAUAAGAAAUGCUUGCCAGAUGUUAAUGAUUUUAGGUCUCGAAGGAAGAUCAGUCUAUGAAGAAGAUUUUGAGGCUCCUUUUUUGGAAAUGUCUGCAGAAUUUUUUCAGAUGGAAAGCCAGAAAUUUUUAGCAGAAAAUAGUGCUUCAGUAUAUAUAAAGAAAGUAGAAGCUAGAAUUAAUGAAGAAAUAGAACGAGUGAUGCACUGCCUUGACAAAUCAACGGAAGAACCAAUUGUAAAGGUGGUUGAAAGGGAACUCAUUUCCAAGCACAUGAAGACUAUAGUAGAAAUGGAGAAUUCUGGGCUAGUACAUAUGUUGAAAAAUGGAAAGACAGAAGACCUUGGUUGCAUGUACAAGUUAUUUAGUCGUGUGCCAAAUGGUUUGAAAACAAUGUGUGAGUGUAUGAGUUCCUAUUUGAGGGAGCAAGGUAAAGCUCUUGUUUCUGAAGAAGGAGAAGGAAAGAAUCCUGUUGACUAUAUCCAGGGCUUAUUGGAUCUGAAGAGCAGGUUCGAUCGCUUCCUCCUGGAAUCAUUCAACAAUGACCGUCUCUUUAAACAAACUAUUGCGGGUGACUUUGAGUAUUUUCUCAACCUCAACUCCAGGUCUCCUGAAUACCUCUCAUUAUUUAUUGAUGAUAAGCUGAAAAAGGGAGUCAAAGGGCUAACAGAACAAGAAGUAGAAACAAUAUUGGAUAAAGCAAUGGUCCUUUUUAGGUUUAUGCAAGAAAAAGAUGUAUUUGAACGUUAUUAUAAACAACACUUGGCAAGGAGACUUCUCACAAAUAAAAGUGUUUCUGAUGACUCUGAAAAAAACAUGAUAUCUAAGUUAAAGACUGAAUGUGGAUGUCAGUUCACGUCAAAACUGGAAGGAAUGUUUAGGGAUAUGAGCAUCUCAAACACAACGAUGGAUGAAUUCAGGCAACAUCUACAGGCAACUGGUGUAUCUUUAGGUGGUGUUGAUCUUACAGUCCGGGUGCUCACGACAGGAUAUUGGCCCACUCAGUCAGCCACACCAAAGUGCAACAUCCCACCAGCACCAAGACAUGCUUUUGAGAUAUUCAGAAGGUUCUACUUAGCCAAACACAGUGGUCGACAGCUCACACUCCAGCAUCAUAUGGGUUCUGCAGAUCUCAAUGCCACAUUUUAUGGACCAGUUAAAAAGGAAGAUGGAUCUGAAGUUGGUGUUGGAGGUGCACAAGUAACUGGCUCUAAUACACGGAAGCACAUAUUGCAAGUUUCCACUUUCCAGAUGACCAUAUUAAUGCUUUUUAAUAAUAGAGAAAAAUACACGUUUGAGGAAAUUCAGCAAGAGACAGAUAUCCCUGAAAGAGAGCUUGUUAGAGCCCUACAGUCCCUCGCCUGUGGUAAACCAACACAGCGGGUUCUUACAAAAGAACCCAAAUCAAAGGAAAUAGAAAAUGGUCAUAUAUUUACAGUUAAUGAUCAAUUCACAUCCAAACUACACAGAGUCAAGAUUCAAACAGUUGCUGCCAAACAAGGUGAAUCCGACCCAGAGAGGAAAGAAACAAGGCAGAAAGUAGACGACGACAGAAAACAUGAGAUAGAAGCUGCUAUAGUGCGGAUAAUGAAAUCUAGAAAGAAGAUGCAGCACAAUGUUCUAGUAGCGGAGGUAACUCAGCAGUUGAAGGCGCGAUUCUUACCAAGUCCAGUUGUUAUUAAGAAACGUAUUGAAGGACUUAUUGAGAGAGAAUAUUUGGCACGAACACCUGAGGAUCGCAAAGUAUACACAUAUGUAGCAUAAAAUGCGUUCAGAAAUUUGAUUUAUUCUUGGACUGUACUCUUCGCAUGGACUGGGAAGUUCUUUUAAAUCAUUAAAUAUUAAGACGACCAUCUCUUCUAUUAAAUUACAGUACAUGUUCUAGACCAUUGAGAUCAAGCCUUUACUCCCUUUGAGAGUUUUCAACAUCAGUUGAUUGAGCUUCAGGCUUUACAACGUUUAUCCCUGUAGAGAUCAUCUUUACAGUUCCUCGGGAAAAUGUGAAUGUGCUGCGUUUUGUUUUCUUUACUGUAUGAAAACAGGAAAAUAAAAGAGAAAUUUAGAAAAUACAGCUCAUUACAAUAAAAUUGUUGGAUUUCAUUUC